AUGACUAGAGCGACACAAACCAUUUCGUUCGCCCUUCUGGCGUGCUCGGGCUACCUUCUUCUUGCGCUUCCACUCCUUAUGGACGAGUCGCCAAUACCUUCGAUAUUGCCAACUAAACUGCAAGUCGAGAUCGUGCCCGUUCUACCAUUCUGGGCUCUCAUCUCUUUGGCGUGCUAUUUGCUGGGACGACUAGGAUGGGGUGUUCUGAACUUCAACGACACUGAGGAUGCUUACCAUGAACUCAUGGGACAAAUCGAGCAGGCAAAGAAGGAUCUGGACAAGAGGAAGGUUGGUUGGAAUUAA